AUGUCUGACAAGCAGGAAGCAGAACACAUUGUGCGCAUUGGCGGACGUAAAUCGAAACUUGCCGUGGCACAAUCGCAUGAAAUUAAAAACAUGAUCGAGUCGGAGUUCCCACAUUUGAGAUGCACUAUACGAGCGCUGAAAACGCUUGGAGACCAAGUUCAGUCUAAACCGCUUUAUUCGUUCGGGGGUAAAGCCGUGUGGACCAAAGAACUCGAAGAACUGCUUUACGAAGAGGAUAAAGAAAAACGGAUCGAUAUCAUUGUGCAUUCGCUCAAGGACAUGCCAACGUCUUUGCCCGAUGGUUUCGAAAUCGGCUGCGUGAGUCCUCGUGUCGACCCACGUGAUUGUCUCAUCAUGGCCAAGAGUAGUCCCUAUAAAGGUCUAGACGAUUUGCCCGAUGGUAGUGUUGUUGGAACGUCUUCGAUUCGACGUUCAGCACAAUUGCGUCGGAAAUACCCGAAACUGAAAUUCGAGAGUGUUAGAGGUAACAUCCAAACCAGACUCAGCAAACUGGACGACCCAGCGACGCCGUUCGCAUGUAUCGUGCUCGCCACGGCAGGUUUAGUCAGAGUUGGACUUGCAGACCGGAUCACACAGCGAUUUGAUGCGUCUACCAUGUACUAUGCAGUCGGCCAAGGCGCAUUGGGUGUCGAAAUUCGGUCCAAUGAUAGCUGGGUAAAGCAAAUUCUCGAGAAAAUCAGCGACAAACAUGCUACCGUCUGUUGUCUCGCAGAGCGUUCGCUCAUGCGGACGCUCGAAGGUGGCUGUUCUGUACCCAUUGGCGUUGAAAGCCAUUUCGACGAGGAUUCCAAGACUCUUCGUCUCCGGGGUAUCGUCGUCAGCGUCGACGGAACGCAAGCUGUCGAAGACGAAUACUCGAUGAAAAUUGACAAUGUCAGACAAGACGCCAUUAUAUGUGGUCAGCAAUUGGCACAUAGGAUGGCGAAAAACGGUGCCAAGAAAAUCCUAGACGAGAUCAAUCUUUCAAAAGUUGAGCAAUGA